AUGGAGCCCAAAGACAGAGAGAGAGAGAGCAAUGGCUCAGAUUUUGUCUCUCAUCAUCACCAUUUUUCUGGCUCUAGCUUCUCUGGGAGAUGCAGCAACGUUUACAGCAGGAAAGAUUUCCCCGAGGGCUUUGCUUUCGGUGCCGGCGCUUCUGCUUAUCAGUGGGAAGGAGCUGUUAAUGAAGACGGGAGAAAGCCAAGCGUUUGGGACACUCUCGUUCACUCUCGUAACAUAAGUAAUGGAGACAUCACUUGUGAUGGGUAUCACAAGUACAAGGAAGAUGUGCAAUUAAUGGUGGAAACUGGCUUAAACGCAUUCAGAUUCUCCAUCUCUUGGUCUAGGCUUAUACCAAAUGGAAGAGGUCAUGUUAACCCAAAGGGUCUACAGUUCUACAAGAACUUCAUCCAACAACUUGUAAAUCAUGGGAUUGAGCCACAUGUUACACUCUACCACGACGAUCAUCCUCAGUCUAUCGAGGAUGAAUAUGGAGGAUGGCUCAACCGCAGAAUGAUCAAAGACUUUACUGCUUACGCAGAUGUUUGCUUCAGAGAGUUUGGGAGCAAUGUCAAAUUUUGGACAACGAUCAACGAAGCUAACAUAUUCUCCGUUGGAGGUUACAGUAAUGGGUUGACACCGCCUGGUCGUUGCUCCCCACCAGGCUGCUCGUCAGGGAACUCUUCAACAGAACCAUAUAUCGUAGGCCAUAACUUGCUUCUUGCGCACGCCACUGUUUCAAGACUAUAUAAGCAAAAGUACAAGGAUAUACAGGGAGGUUCUGUAGGAAUUAGCGUAUAUACAUUAGCGUUUAAGCCUUCUACAAGCUCCAAGGAUGAUGAACUCGCUCUACAAAGAGCCAAAGCUUUCUACUUUGGCUGGAUUCUUGGGCCUCUUACAUUCGGAGACUAUCCCGAUGAAAUGAAAACAGCCGUUGGAUCAAGACUGCCAGUUUUCUCAGAGGAAGAGUCAGAGCAAGUUAAAGGCUCAUCUGACUUCAUAGGAAUCAUGCAGUAUAUUGCGGCUACUGUCACAAACAUGAAAUCCAAACCUUCUCGUCCUGAUUUCGACUCAGACAUUGGCGCUUCUAUAACUUGUACACCGAUGAAGCAAGAUUUGCAGGAUACACCAAGGAUUGAGUACUUACAAGCUUACAUUGGUGCUGUGCUCAAAUCCAUUAGGAACGGAUCAAACACGAGAGGCUACUUCGUAUGGUCUUUUAUGGAUGUAUUCGAACUACUGACUGGAUACGACUAUAGUUUUGGAUUGUACUAUGUGAAUUUCAGCGAUCCUCAUCGCAAGAGGUCUCCAAAACUCUCUGCUCAGUGGUACUCUGCUUUUCUCAAGGGAAACACCACCUAUCUUGGUUCCCAAGGCAUCGCUCAAUUGCAGAGCAACUUCUCUUCUUCCUCCUAA